CCAAGUAGUAGAAGCUCACUUCCAGUCGUCCACCAGCCAAAGCAGACAACCAUUGCCAGCCAUGACCGAGCAGCACGAGCUGGAGCUGCUGACGCCGCCGCCGCAGGCCGCACCAGCCUCAGGACGCGUCGGUCUCCCCGCCGCCACGCUCGUAUACUCGUCUGACGGUCGCUACGUGUUCCAGCGUCAGGCACACGUGGUGCGUGUGCUGCACGCGCAGAGCGGCCGCGUCCUGCAUGAAUGUGUACGCGCUGGUAACAAGAGUGCUGUCCGCGCGCUGGCGCUGCACCCGCACAACGCACUGCAACUUCUAGCUGCAUACGAAGAUGGCCACAUUCUCGUCUGGGACUUCGUGGAGCACAAGCCGCUGGCGGAGCUGGACGCUAAGGCACCUGUACUGUGGAUGGCGUCCAGCCGUACCAGCGCGUCGCAGCUUCUUCUGGUCGUCCAGAGCGACGCAAACAGCUGGAGUGUCGUGGAGUUCAGUCUCAAGAAGAAGAAGCGCGGCCGCGUACUGUUCCAGAACGGCAAGAAGCAGUUCCAGGCCGCAGCGCUGCAGAGCUACACGACGCCACAGGGUGAGGGUGAACAGGCUGUUCCGGGCGACUUUUUAGUAGUGGCGGCCGGCGACAAGCUGGUCACACUGUGGCUACACCAUCAGCCAGGAGCUAAAGACUCGGGCAAUCGCCUCUACACGAUGCACAAGCUCAACCACCUCCGCGACGUCACGUGCGUCGCUGUCAGUCCGACACAACGAGAGUUCUCCAUCGGCGACCAGAUCGGCCAGAUCUUCCGGUACCAGCAGCAGGGAGAAACAGCAGCCAAGAUGCACUGGCACUCGCACGCCGUGCACUGCAUCCAGUACUCGAGCGACGGCCAGUUCUUGCUGUCCGGCGGUGAGGAGUGCGUGUUGGUAUCUUGGCAACUGGAAACAGGUCGUCGCGCCUAUCUGCCGCGCCUUCCGGCGUCAGUGGAGGUCAUUGCGCCCCGUCAAGACGGCGGCGUGUACGCCGUGGGCCUGGCGGACAGUGUGCUGUUCCAGUACAACCCGGUGACGCGCGAACAGGAGUGGGAGGCGCGCGGUCUGGCGCGCGCCGGCAAUUCGGCGGCCAACUCGCUGCCGACGCGUCAAUUAGCAGUGGACCCGGUGUCGAAGGCGCUCGUGCUUAACGGGUCGUCCGGCGCGGGCGUGUUGCAGUUCUAUGAGCCGUUCGCGGAUCGCGUACUGCAGACGCUGCUGCUGUCGGAGCGUAACCAGGUUACGCGCACGGAGGACGAAGUACUGCCUACGCUUCGUGCGUCACAUUCGUGCUUCAGUUCUCGUGGCGGCGAACUGGUGACGCUGCAUGCGCCGACGACGGCGAAACACGGUGACGAACAGGCUCUGCGGUUCUGGACGCGUCGCGUGGACGGCUCAUUCUUUGUAAACACGGCGAUUGACGCGCCUCAUGGCCGCGCGCGUGUUACAAGCAUGACAUACUCGCCUUCGCAGACCGAGGACUGCAUGGUGACGGCCGACGAGCAGGGUGAUUUCAAGGUGUGGCAGAAGGUGGUAACGGAGGCAGGUGGCGCGUCGUGGCACUGCCAGGCUGUCGUGCGGUUCCGUGACGAGCCGGUCACGGCGGUGGGCUUUGCGCGCGAUGGUUCGUUGCUGGCGGUUGCGUACGGUAACAAACUCACGCUCUGGGACGUUGCGACGCACUCGCUGCGUCGUGUGAUCCCCUCCGCGGACGGCCAGACCAUUACACAGAUUGUUUUCCCUGGUAUCAACUCGCCGUACGUAGUGAUCGUGACGGAGUCUCAGGUACAGGUGUGGAGCGUGCUGUCGCUGUCACUGUGGUGGCGCUACACAGUGCCCAAGGGCGCCGUCGUGGCCGAGGAAGCUUUGUACGAGCGUUUCCUGGUGUGGCUACCGGUGGAUGACUCGAAGAAGAAAACGUUGGUGCUGGUUUUCGACGCCCAGACGCCCGUGCCGACGUGCGUGCGUGUUGUGGAUCUAGGCAGCAAAGUGUGGAGCGCUGGCUUCCACCCAGGCACUGGAGACAUUGUGCUGCUCGACAACAAGACUGGAGUAUGGAGACUGGACGGACCGAAGGCCAGAUCGUUGGACGCCCGACGCCGGAAGCAGGCCCACGUUGCUGCCGUCGCCGCGCGCGACGCUGCCAAGGACGGUGAACAGGAGGCCAAGGCACUGAGCGCUAUCUACAACGCCGCCAGUGGCGGUCGCCUUGCAGAGAAGAAGAGCAGCCACAAACACGCUGGGCCUCAUGGCGUGGCGGUCAACGGCUCUGCGUCCAGCAGCCUGUUCGACGCACCGGCCCACGUGCUGCCGUCCAUGACGGCGCUGUACAGGUCGUUUAUGGAUACGAUGCUACCGAAGCCGCACCAGGUUAUCGAAACUGACGAGUCUGUGAAGAACGUGAACGAAAUGUCGACGUCUCAGAAGAAGAAGAACAAACGACGUAAAAAGCUGCAACAGCAACAGAGCACGGUGGAUCCGAUCGUCAACGAGAAUGGGGAGCAACGUAAACGCAUGAAGCUCCAGGUAGAGAAGGAACUGGCCAACACGGAGUUGCAGCAGCAGACAUACUCGAAACUGCUCGAGACAUUUCGCAACAGUAAGGCACGUCGGGCGUAAGCUCGCGCAGGAAGUUCAGGUGAAAUAGAUUUACAUGUUUUAGCUACCUGCUGUGGUGCAUUUUGUUAUUUUCUUGCCACCUUCAGGUUUUCUUGCAAGUUUCUCUGAAAAAUACAAAGAUGUGCCUUCGGCCCAAGUCUGAAAUAUAAAAAUUGUUUGAAAGAAGCC